UCUAUCGGAAACGCAGAUUACAAAUAGUCCAUAAAGCACAAACUUCCCUGUAAAGGAUUUGUUGUUUCAAGUCGACAUGAAAAACAGGGCAUAUUUCGCAGUUUCUUGCACAAUUUUGCUAAGUUUUAUGUGGAUCACCAAAAGCACUGAAGCGGGAGACGAGAUCGACAAAACAAAAUGGGUUCCAAAACUACGCGAUCCAGUUAAGGUUGGCCACGAAGAAGAAAUGAUGGUGUUUCCAUUUCACAAAAGGAAGGUGAAAACUAUAAGUAUGAACCCGCCGAUAUUUGAGAUUUCCAAUUUUCUGACGGAUGUUGAGUGUGAUCACCUAAUCAGUUACGCCAAGCGCCUAGGAUUGGAGAAGAGUCCUUUGGCAAAGGCGGACACUGUCAUCGAUGACGAAACAUCACAGAGAACUUUUAAGAUUUGGGAUAACAACGACGACGGGUUUAUAGAGCCUGUUGAGAUUAUGCAUGUUAGGGGAAAGGAAGACCUCUACUUUACCGAGGACGACCUACAGGAAAUGUUUGAAGAACUUGAUAUGGACAAAGAUAAAAACGGUAAAAUUGACUUCGAAGAAUUUAGCAAGGUAACUGUUCCAGUGAUGAAAGAUUACUUCGACAAAGUGCGAAGAACGAAACCUCGACUGCGCAGUCGCAACAGUAGGCAGGUUUGGAUGUUCCACAAUGACCCAAAGUAUCCACUCCUCUCGGAUUUUCAUGGCAGAUUGUCGCGUUUAAGUCUUCUGCCAGAGGAAUUUAUCAAUAAUACAGAGCCUCUGCAGGUGGUGAAGUAUGAUGUUCAUGGCCAUUAUCACUGUCAUCACGACUCAGAUGAUUUGAACCCAAAGCUACAGUGCUGCUCUUAUGCGAAUGAAGACGACUGCCGUCUAUGCAGACUUGCCACAGUCUUACUGUACUUGAACGAACCUCAGGAAGGCGGAGAGACGGCGUUUCCAGUGGCGGGUAAUGAAACGUUUUCCGUGGAGGCGUGGGAGAGAAGAGAAGGAUGGAAGUGUAAUCUUGCACAAAACUGCCAUAAAAGUAACUUGGUGAUUAAACCAGAGAAAGGAAAAGCAAUAUUGUGGUAUAACCACCAGCUGGACAAAAACACAGGUUGGCUUAGUGAUUUGGACCAGUUAGCACAACAUGGCGGCUGUGACGUGAUAAAAGGUACAAAGUGGGUGGCAAACCUCUGGUUGACACUCGUAGGAAAGCAAGGUACUGAGGAACCAUUCAAGGGAUGGAUUGAUUAUGGAAAAGACGAGACUAAAUACAAACCUGGCACAGAUUGGAAAGGAGAUCUAGUGAAACUAGGCAACGAGGAAGAAAGCAGUGAAGAGAAAAAGGAAGAAACUGAACAGAAGAAAAGUGAAAUUAAGGAUGAGGAGAAAACAAAAGAAGAGAAAGAAAAAGCUAUAAAGGAGGCCAAAGAGAGCGGAGACGGUUCAUAUGAUGUGAAACUGGAACUCUAAAUGGGAAUCUUUAUUUAACCUGUUUAUCUCUCUAAAGAAAUUAAUUGAGAAAAAUUUCCUAACAAUUUAAAUUAGGACAUGAUUUUAAUGGGAGAGGACAAUUAGCUACUUUAAAGAAUACGUUUUACAUGGAAAGCAAAUUCGGGGUAACCUUGACAUGUUCACUGACUCUACUCUAAGACAUUUUCACAAGUCUCAGCCAUUUAUUCCACAAAAUGACAUUUACCUAGACAUAACUGAGACAAAAGUAAUCGCGUACCCAGACCUUCCACGGCCAAACGAUUCAUUUCAGUUACAGAUACACAAUAGGAUCUGGGUGCGAGGUUACCGUUAAGUCAAAAGAGACAAAAACCCUCUACGUUAAGUUGUUUUUUGUUAGUAUUACCGUUUUUGAAUAAAUCAUUGUAGUUCCUUAGUUGCAUUGCAUUAUUUCAUGUUUGUGACCAUGGUCACUAUGAACACUUUCUUUUAGAUCCAUUCGAACUGACUUAGGUAGAGGAUGGGAACAAUCUUGCUCCAAGGGCCUUUUCCCUGAAAAUUGGCGAAAGCCUUGAGAGUGAGGUUGAAGAUGGGAAUACAUCAUUAAGAUGAACGGAAACCAGGAAAUAGGAAAAUUCUUUUAUCCAAACUCCCAAAUGAACUACUUCCAGUUUCGGAGAGAACACUUGACUUGAAGAUUGAAGAUUCUGAACAAAAGAUGAUGUAAGAUAACGCUAAGAAAAGAGGUU